UAUUUCAAUCACUUGCUCCACAUACAACAUCUCCAGAAUCCCUAGAAAAAAAGAAACCCUUCUGUGGCCUUUGCUUCUCUUUCUCUUGUCUCUCUCUCUCUCUCUCAUCUCUUUACCCUCACGCCCAAAACAAAGACCAAAACCAAAACCAAAUCCCGAAUUCUCUUUCCCCACAUUUUCCUCAGAUCUCGAAGUGAACCUUUCUCGAACACCCAUUCUGCGUUUCCAAGCUCGAGUCAUUACAGAGAAAGGAGUGGAAACGAGAGUGGCUUCUGGGAACUCAGAUGUCUCAUGUGAGAUGAAGAAGAAGACCCACUUCAGCCUCCACUUUGAUCUGACCUUCCUCAUUGUUUUCUUUCUCGGCACAGUCUCGGUCUGUGCCUCUGAACGGGUCCUCAUCACUCCCCAUGGGGGCCUCACCGACGCCGAAGCCUUGUACAUCAGGCAGCGCCAGCUUCUGUACUACAGGGACGAGUUCGGCGAUAGAGGAGAGGAUGUGACCGUAGACCCAUCUCUGGUCUUCGAGAACCCGAGACUCAAAAAUGCUUAUAUAGCAUUGCAAGCUUGGAAGCAAGCUAUUCUCUCUGAUCCCUUUAAUCUGACCGGUGACUGGGUUGGAUCUAGUGUCUGUAACUAUACUGGGGUGUUCUGCGCCCCUGCACCCGACGACCACAAGAUCCGGACCGUUGCGGGCAUUGAUCUCAACCACGGUGACAUUGCCGGGUACCUGCCGGAGGAGCUGGGCCUGCUCAACGAUCUUGCAUUGUUCCACAUAAACUCCAACAGGUUCUGCGGCACAGUGCCGCACAAGUUCAAGAACCUGAAGCUUUUGUUUGAGCUGGAUAUUAGUAACAAUCGCUUCGCGGGUAAGUUCCCGGAGGUGGUUCUGAAGCUCCCACAGCUCAAGUUCCUGGAUCUGAGAUUCAAUGAAUUCGAAGGGACUGUACCUAGAGAACUCUUUGACAAGCCAUUGGACGCAAUUUUCAUCAAUCACAAUCGGUUCAGAUUCGAUCUUCCAGACAAUUUCGGGAACUCGCCGGUGUCGGUCAUCGUCCUGGCCAACAACAAGUUCCACGGUUGCGUCCCGUCAAGCCUCGGCAAUAUGUCCAACCUCAACGAGAUCAUCAUGAUGAACAAUGGGUUCAGAUCCUGCUUGCCUGCGGAAAUUGGGCUGCUCACGAAUUUGACGGUGUUCGACGUGAGUUUCAACGAGCUAUUGGGCCCAUUGCCGGACUCCUUCGGUAAUCUGGUGAGCAUCGAACAACUCAAUGUGGCGCACAACUUGCUGUCGGGAAAAAUCCCCGCGAGUAUCUGUAAAUUACCGAAUCUUCAGAACUUCACUUUCUCGUAUAACUUCUUCACCGGCGAGCCACCGGCGUGCUUGAGCCUUGCGGACUUCAGUGACAGGAGGAACUGCUUGCCCAAUAGGCCGGCCCAGAGGUCCGCGAGGCAAUGUAAGUCGUUCUUGUCGAAGCCUGUGGAUUGCAAUUCAUUUAGAUGUGCUCCGUUCGUUCCUGCUCUGCCUCCACCUCCCCCGCCUUCGCCACCUCUUCCAUCUCCUCCGCCGCCGGUUCUGUCGCCACCUAUUUCCUCACCACCUCCACCUGUUUACUCUCCGCCUCCGCCGCCACCAGUUUACUCUCCACCUCCGCCGCCACCGGUUUACUCUCCACCUCCACCGCCACCAGUUUACUCUCCACCUCCUCCGCCGCCACCGCCUCCACCUCCACCCCCACCGUCACCUCCCCCACCAUCGCCUCCACCGCCAUCCCCGUCUCCACCACCACCCUCGCCACCACCACCCUCAGCAUCGCCACCUCCUCCAUCUCCACCACCGCCCUCACCACCGCCGCCUAUUCCAUACUGUGUCCGCUCUCCUCCUCCACCCCCACCAAAUUCACCACCACCGCCACCUCCUUUGUUCUCCCCACCCCCACCAAUACCAUACUACUAUAAUUCUCCACCUCCACCGCAACAUUCUCCCCCACCACCGCAUUAUUCACCGCCCCCGCCACAUUCACCUCCACCACCUAUUUAUCCCUAUUUAUCACCGCCUCCGCCUCCAACGCCUGUCUAUUCUCCACCUCCCCCUGUCCAUUCACCACCACCACCAUCACCACCCCCAUGUGUAGAGCCACCCCCACCCCCACCAUGUGUAGAGUAUUCUCCACCACCACCGCCAACGCCAUCGCCAUCACCACCACCUCCGGUUCAUUACUUGCCACCCCCAUCACCCUCACCCCCGCCCCCACCUCCUACAGUGUACAAUUCACCGCCCCCGCCUUCACCUUCUCCACCCCCACCAGUUCACUACCAAUCCCCUCCACCACCUCCAGUCUACCCCCCUCCAGUUCCAUGUGAAAAUCCACCACCCCCAGUUGUUUAUGAAAGCCCGCCUCCUCCUACUCCAGUAUACGAGGGGCCAUUGCCACCAGUCAUUGGAGUUUCAUAUGCAUCUCCUCCGCCACCACCCUUCUAUUGAUUCUUUUGAGAAUUUUCCUCCUCUUAACCUUUCCUCAACCACAAACAAAACUCACACAUAUAGUAACGGCCAUUGCUUCUUUUUCCUCUUCCCGUGCUCUAUCUCCAUCAACACUUCUUUCUCGCUGGGCAAUUCUCGUCGCUCAUGGAGGAAGGAUAAGCAUAAAGAAUGUAAAAGGGUGUCUUGCAACUCUAGCAGUUAUCUCCAGCUGUGUCGUCAAAGAAGUAGAGAAGAGGUGAAAGAUAUAGGGAGAUAGAGAUGAGAGGGAGGUAAGAGGAGAAAGUCUCUCCAGUAUUUAUUUGAAUUGUUAUCGAUAUUUGAGUUGUGAAAUAAAAUUUGGCAGAGAAAGAGUAGGGUUGCAGAGAAAGUGUAUGUAUAGGGAUGAAAAUUGGAGACCAUAAUUCAGGGCUACAAAGACAGGCAGCACUUUCUGCUGCUGUUUCUGGUU